AUGAACUAUCGGGCAUCGCCAAUCGAUGGUGUAGGACUUUCGCCAUCUCAGAUACUCAUGAACAGACAGUUGCGUACAAAGUUACUUAUUACAUCCGAUCUAUUGAAUUCCAAAGUUACGGAGUCCCGUAAACCAGAUCUUAUUGCACGUCAGCAGAAACAAAAAUUUUAUUAUGAUCGCCAGUCAGUACCGUUACCAAGUGUUAAACCAGGCGAAAUCAUUCGCGUACAGAAAAAACAAUGGGAACCGGCCAUUGUUGAUCAAAAGCUACCUGAAAGAUCAUAUAUAGUGCGCAUCGGAAAUAACAAGUUAUAUAGAGGGAAUCGUAGACAACUACUAAAGACUGGCGAGACUUCGUUGCCGAGUACCGCUCGUGAUGAUGCCGACAUUAUAUUAGAUAAUCCACCGCAACCGCCUUACAACGACAUCAUCCCGACUUCACCGAAAGCACAAGAGGGAACACUUAACUCUCUACUCCGAGAAAACCGACCACAACGAACAUCGAAACGACCAAAACAUCUUGAGGACUAUGUUUGUACAUAA